AUAAAAACCAAUUUUUUUUUUAUAAACAUUUAAGCAAAAUUAACAAUGCCUGAUGACGAUGCUGAUAAACAACAAAAGGCGCUUGUAGUGCAGCUGGCGGAUGCGCCAGUGGGCGAGACCGCAGUGGAUGAAGUGCUAAGCAAUUUGGAGUUGCCUAGCAGCUCAACGGAGCCGCUGCUGGAGAUUCGAGAGCUGUUGAGUGAGCUGCUGGAGAGCAUAUUGCCGGCAAGUCAAACGGAUAGUGGGACUGAGCUGGAGGCGUCGCCGCCGCCCAGACGCGCUGCAGUUGAUCAACGCUUGCAACGCAUCUUAUGUCUGCUCGAUCGUUAUACGCGCAAUCUGGAGAACAUAGAGGAGCAAGUGCUGCUGAAUGCAAAUCAAACGGAGCAAGCACUGCAGCUGCUCGACCAACAGCCGCAACAUGAGCUUGCCACACAGACUUUGCCGCUGCGCACAAAACGCAGCGCACCUCCGCAGCAGUUGCAACAACAACAAGUCACACUGGAGCUGCCGCCCUGUGAGCGCACGCAUCACAUCAUAACCAUAAGCGCCAACAGUUCGUCACCGCUUGCCACGCCCCCAGCGCCGCCUCGCAACUUUGCCGGGCGUGUGGCACAAACGUUCUACGACUUUGCUGCCGCCUGCUGUUUGUGCCUGCAGGUGAACAAGGACUGUGUCUUCUGUCUGGGCUUCUUCUUGGCCUUUGUCGUUAGCGCCAGUUUUCUCACCGCCUUCUUCUAUCGCUCCAUCAAGCUCUCCAGCUCCGUUCUGCGCAAACCCAUGCCCUUGACGCUCCAGACGCCACCACAACCAGCAUCAACAACAACACCACAAUCCUAUUUUAUCCUGCGCUUGCACGGCGGCUAUUAUUAUGUCUAUAGCAGUCAACGUCCGCCAAAUUCAUAGUCCUUACAUGUCUCUCUAUAUUGAUUGUUCUUAUUCCUUUCGAUCGUCUCGUAUGUCUUAUAAAAGCAAUUUCAAUUUAAA